AUGCCUUCGCGACACUCCAACAUGGAAUCGCCGAGGCCCUCUGAGGCCGAGGCACAAGAGCCUCAAGGCACAGCGUCAUUUGUCUCCGAAGAACUUAGUAGUGGUCCAACCCUAGUGCCGCCGCCCACCUCCGCUGAGAGCGACCAAUCUGAUGCAGUUGACGUAAGCCCUGAUGAGGCCGCAGGUCUUGUGGGUAACAUUCGACGAUACUUCCGAUUGCGGCGUGGCAGAAAUCAUGAAUUCGCCAGUCGCCAUGUCAGCCCCGGUCGCGUUCGGCGACAUUUCGGAUCCGCCGGUCGCCACGCUGGCCUUGGGCUCCGCCAGCAGAUUCGUGGAUUCGCCAGUCGCCAAGUCGAUAGAUAUCGUCGCCGACGUGAGCGCAGACGCCGCCGACGGGAGGGCAGCCCACUCGACAAUCUGCUCGCCAGUCGCUUGGCUAGGAUCAGCCAACCAAAUAUCGAAGAUCCCGUUUCUUGGGAGCGCAGACGACUUGAAAAUCUGCUCGCCAAUCGCCAGGCUAGGAACAGCCACCACAAUAUCGAAGAUCUCAUUUCUCAACAACAUGACUGGACCGUGCUCGAAACUCGCUCCUUGCAGCUUGACGAGAUCGAAAGCCACAGCCUUCCGCGUCCGACUUCACAAAUCCAAAUCCGUGCAGCCAGCCUAGUUAACUCAUUUCGCUCACGCGACAGUAACAUCGCAUACUACGGAACCAGACAUGACGGUAACAAGGAACUUUGGGGCAUCGACAAUUCUGAUGAUGAGCCAUCGGGCGACCGGGGUUCUCAAGUACGACGCGGCAGAUCCCUUCGACGAGCUGGAAGCAUUGUCAGUGGUGCUCCCUCUGACGUCCGGGGUAGCGACCACCAAUCGAGGGACUCAAGUGACGAAGAAGCAAGGGGCAGACAACUGCUAAGGGCUUCAAGCUAUGUCAGCGAUCCAUGGGCUGAGCUUUGGGGUCCCAUCAACAUACCGAGCGACCCAAGUUCUCAAGUACGACGCAGCAUAUCACUUCGACGAGCUGGAAGCAUUGUCAAUGAUGCUUUCUCUAGAGACCACCCAUUGAGGGAGCUGAGUCCUCAAGUGCGACGCGGCAGAUCCCUCCGACGAGCUGGAAGCGUUGUCAGUGAUGCUUUCCCCGAGGUUCGGGUUAGAAACCACCCUUCGAGGGAAACAAGUUAUGAAGAACAAAGGGGCAGACAACUUCUAAGGACUUCAAGCAUUGUCACCGAUCCAUGGGCUGAGUUUUGGGGUCCCGUCACCCUACCGAACGACCCGAGACCUCAAGAAGAAGGUUCUAAUUCAACCGAUUAUUUGCAGGCCGAGGCGGGUUACGACAGCAGCGAAGAGAGGGAGCGGCUAAAUCUUAGGGUGGCACGGUGGAACCGGGAAGUCCAGCCGUUUUUCGCGGGCGAGAUGUUGGGAGCCGUUGAUAAUGUGUUGCACCAUGGCGGUAUCGACCGAGACAAGAACAACCUUCCGCGUCCAGCUCCACAAGCGCAAACUCAUGCAUCCGGCUCGGUAUCCUCGCGCGACAGAAUUCAUCAUUUCAUUUCCGUUCUCCGAGAACGUUCUCAUUCAACCAGUCCGAACUCUGGUCGGGUUGCCGGCUGUCAUGCUGGCUUCGACGGUGCCAAUGACGAACCGGACACCGGUGCAGGGGGAGCGAGGGAUCUUACAGGAACUGGCCCGGGGACUGAUGUGAACGCUGGCGGUUCUGCAAAUGAAGAUGCCGGUGAGCCAUCUUCAUCUCUCCGGUCGGCACCUCCCAGGUCGAGCGAGGACAGUGUCGACCGGGGAGGUGGAGAUGGCUCCUCAUCUUCUGAUGAGAAUGCGGGCGGCGAUGAUGAUGAUACGGGGUGGAGGUGUUAUCCGGGGGUUGGUGGGGUGGGCAACGAGAGGUGGCGGCACAGAUCCGGGAGUCACGUUACUCACAUUGAGGAAUGGGAUGCUUCCUCUGAAGACUCCGAUGACUCCGGAGGUGCCCGUCUACCUUUCGUUGCCUGCCUCACUAGACCUGCCAGCCCGGAAGCACCCACGGAGUCUGAUGAGGAACUCUCAACCCUUGCGCCUGGUAUCAUCAUCACUCCCCCAGACCACGAAGCUCAGUACACGGGGGAGCAGUGGGUAAAUCCUCACCUGCUGCACCCCGGGUACAAUGCGCUCUUCUAUCAGAGCAGGUAA